AUGACCACCUUGAUCUGGACCAUGUCCACCCUGUGCUACUACUUCGCCUACGACCUUCCACCCCAGUUCUCCGUCCACCUCACGGCGAUCCCAGGCAACAUCAACACGACGGAGGCUCCGUUCGCGUCGUCCAUCAUCCCUCGCGCCUUCGACGCCGUCCUGCACGCCAGCAACCGCCGCGCUACGGGGCGGUGCUACCACCACGGAGAGGCCGUUGUGGCCUACGGCGGCUUCACCCUCGCGUCAGGCCGGACGCCCGACUUCUGCGUGCCGUGGAAAGGGGCGCGGGAGGUGCCCUUCAAGCUUUCGUGGGACUGGGACGACGGUGCUGGCCGCCUGCCCGAGCACCUGCGUAGCCGCAUCGCGGCGGCGGAGAGAGCCGGCGCCGUGGAGCUCGAGCUCCAGGUGAGAAUCCUCCAAGGAGACGACAACAGGCCGACGUGGAUGUGGUGCAAGGCGAGGAUGGACGGAGCGCGUGGUGCCGUGACGCCGUGCACCGUGCUCGCUUCGCAGAACUGGUGGUCGCACCUGGCCUAG